AUGCCUUACGAACAGAUUCGACUUCGGGUUUGGAAAAAACCCUUCGUAAUCAAAGAUAUUCUUGUACCUUACACGUUGAUCUUAAUAAGAAACAAACAGGAGAAAUCAGAAGCUUUACCAAUUCCUGUUCAUGAUGUGGAAGCAAAAGAGAUUAUGAAUGACAGAAAAAUUCUACAUUUCGCCUUCAUUUUCCUUAUACUUACUUUUGGGUUUGUUUCUAAAGUCUCUUUAUCAUGUAGUACCUUAUUUUACAAGUUGUUUCUAAAAUGUCUUCGCCUUUUUCUUUUUUGCUGUACCUAUGGUGGAAUUACUUCAAAACCAUUGCACGAUAUCAAUACUUUUAAAGCUGCCCUACCAGAGAGUAUUUUAUUCCAACACUGA